AUGCUUAUGGAUUUAGGUUGUACAUUAUGUGGAGGAGAUAGUCAUAAAAUUGAAGAAUGUAAUAUAUUAACGAAUAUCAAGCAUAUUCAUGAUAAAAAAAUACCAACUAGAGCACGGCUCACAUUACCUAGUGAGCUACGAGUCGAAACAAUGUCUGAUGGAACGUGUAAUGUUGUUGCACAAGUGCCAUUACCGAAAGGAACAAGAUUUGGUCCUUUCGAAGGUAAAAAGAUACAAAUAUUACAUCCAUUAAUUACAUUUCCUAUAAAAUUAUUUAAAAUCGAUGAAAAUGACAUCGAAUAUUAUUUCGAUCCAAGCAACGAGGAAAUUGGAAACUGGAUGUGUUUUGUUGCAGCUGCAAAUGAUAUUUUGGAACAAAAUUUAAUUUGUUAUCAAAUGAAAAAUAAUAUAUAUUAUUCAGCAAUACGCGAUAUAAAAGUAGGAGAAUAUUUAAAAGUAUGGUAUGCAGCUUAUUAUGCGGAAAAAAUGGGCACAGCAGUAUUAAAACGUGUUGAAUCAGAUCCACAAAAUUAUGCUGAUGAUAUUAAAGUCGAAAAACUUGUAAAUCAGAAAGUAGCUGAAACAUUACCAGCGGAGAAUUUAGGUGCAACAACUGAUACAAGCAUAUGGGUUUGUCGAUUUUGUAAAACUACAAUAAAAAAUAUUGUAUUAUUUUCAACACAUUUACAGCAACAUUAUAAAGAUCUUGCUGCGAAAACGUUUACGUGUGCAAUAUGUUAUAAACAUUGUUUAUCGGAAAAGGCAUUAUUAAGUCAUCAAAUAACAAUACACAAUUUAAAUGUCGCACAACACAAAUUACCAUUAAUCCAAAAACAAAAUGAAAUUACAACAUCAAUUGUUGAUACAACAUCAUCCUCAUCGUCAACAAACAAUAAUUCAAUACAGCAUUUCUUCAACAAUAAAAAAGAUGAUACAACAGUUGUUGAAGCAACCACUACAACCGUAUCGACACCAACCCCAACAUCAACAAAUCAGCAAUUGGAUACAAACAAUAUAUUUACAAAAAUCAAUGUAUAUGAUACCGAUUUAGAUUUUAGUACAAAAACAAUUGUUAAUGACAGUUUAGUAGGUGGUCAAACACAAGACCAAAUUGAUCAAAAUACUUCGCUGUUGGAUCAAUCAACAAAUGCGUUGCUGGUUGAUAACAUUACGUUAAAUUAUAACCAUCACGAUUUAAAUAAUGUUAUGCUAACGAAAAUCAGUGAAUUAAAUGAACAUUUGAAGUUUGAUAUCAAAGAUACCACAGUAUCUGGUAGUGAUUUAAACGAUAGUUUGAAUACGGAUUCGUUACAUGAUAUCUUGUGUGAGGAUGAUUCGAAGGCAAGCAAAAUUGCACAAGAGAAAAGUAUUGCUGAUUUUAGUUUAGAUUUUGUUGAGAGUAAUGGUCUAAAUUUAAACACACCGUCUACCUUAAGUACAAAUGACACGAAUACAACUGAUACAAAUAGUAAUACGAAUAUACCGACAAAUCAAGAUUUGCCACCUCCAGAAUCCGGACCACCAUAUUAUUGUGAUAUAUGUCGAAAAGAAUUUCAAAAUAUUGAAUAUUUAAUACGUCACUUGAAAAAACAUUCUGGUGAAUUUACUUGUAUCGAUUGUUUUGCGGUAUUUGGACGACGAGAAAAUUUUUUAAAUCAUUCAUGUAAAUGGGAUUCAAAGAAGAAAAACACAUUUGAAUGUAUGUACUGCUCAAAAGUAUUUAGUGAACAAAAAUAUUUAAAUCGACAUGUGCAACGCCACAAUAAACAACGUAAAACAUGCCCUAAAUGUGGUACAGUAUUUGAAAAUGAAAGUGACUUGGAACAUCAUGUAUGCGAUACAACUAAACCGAUAGUGGAGAAGAAAUUUGAAUGUGAUAUAUGUAAAAAUAGAUAUAUUAAGAAUUCAUAUUUACGUGGACACAUACUAAAAUGUCAUAAAAAACCAGCUGAACAAGCUGCAGCGGCUGCUGCAAAUAAAACUCUAACCGAUAAUAAUUCAACUACUGCAACCGAUUCAUCUUCAUCAUCAUCAACUUCACAAUGUAUUUGUUACAUGUGCGGGGAAUCGUUUAGUAAUGCGGCAACCUUAAAAUCACAUUUAUUAAUACAUCAACCGAAAAAAUAUGGUUGUGAUGUUUGUGAUAAAAAAUUCCAUCGUUCUGAAACUUGUGAACAACAUAAAUUAACACAUACAAAUGCAACAUUUGACUGUAAAACAUGUUCUAAAAUGUUUAAAUCUCAAAAAUCGUUGAAAAAACAUCAAUUAAUACAUAACGACGCAUCCGAAUGUCAUAAAUGUGAAUUUUGUAAUCGUAUAUUUAUACAAAAACAUAAUUUGGAGAAGCAUAUAAAUUUUCAACAUUCAGUUGAUCAACCGAAAUUUCCAUGUGAUUUAUGUACAAACGUCUUUACAUCUGCGAAUAAUUUAAAAGAUCAUAAAGCUACACAUAAUUUAACUGAUAGUCUGAACAGCAGUAAACAACUUUCAUGUGAAUAUUGUAAAAAGAAUUUUACAAAGACAAAUUUAUUAAAAGCCCAUUAUGUGACAACACAUUUAAACCGUAUGUUCUCCUGUCCAUAUUGUACAACAAUUGUAAAACAUCGUGCAUCAAUACGUCGCCAUUUAAGUAAAAGUCAUCGUGAGAAACGUGGCGAAUGGGAUAAUUCUGAUUUUAUUGGUAAAUUAGUAUCACAAAAUAAAAAACCACCGGAUGAAUUAGAACAUGACAAUUCAACAACAUCAACCAUUGAUAUGAACACAUCAACACAACAUUUAGUUCCUAUUGAACCAGUGACAUCGUCAACAAUGAAUCUAACAGAUAAUCUAACAAAUAAUAGUACAACAAAUACAAAUGAUUCAACAAUCUUACUUCAAAAUUCAUCCACCGAUAAUGAAAUGGAUACAAAUGAUAUUAAUCAAAAUCAUACGUUAAUUGUUGAACAACAACAACAACAACAAGAACAACACAUGGUACAACAGAAUCAACAGCAACAACAUUUAUUACCUAAAAUGUAUAAUACGAUGUCACAAGUGGUUGAUUCAACACAUCAACUCUUUACAACAACAAAUAAUGAUCAACUAGAAUUUCAAAAUAUUAUUUAUUUAAAAAAUAAUCAUGAUGUUGAUCUAGAUUUGGAGAAGAUCACUGAAUAUAGUAAUUUAGAUUCAGCAACAGCUAAAUUAUCACAAUUCUCAGAUUUAUCAUCAACAUCAUCACAAAUACAAGUCACAUCACAUAAUUCACAUCAAUUACAUCAAUCAAAUAACACAGAUAAUUUACCAAAAUUCACCCGUAUUGAUCGUUCAAAUGAUUUUGAUAUGAUGGACAUACAGUCAUUAAUAUCAACCGAUAGUGGCAUGAUAGAAUUUCCAAAUGAGUUGGUCGAACGUACCGAUACAACACCUCAAUUUACGAAUAAUAUGAAUUUGCAGUUACAUAAUGUGAAUUUACACGGAAAUUCAAAUUUGUUACAUAUGACUGAUGAAGAUCGUGAAGUCACAUUAGGUAAGAACGCCUUUAUCUUAGAUGAUGGAACAAUUGUGGAACCCCAAGAAGCGGGUAAUUUAAUGUUUUAUGUACUUAACCAAUCAUAAAAAUAAGUAUAUAUAUAUUAAAUAUAUAUAGUAAUUAAUGAGUUAUGUAGUUUAAGGGUUUAU